GACAUCACUGUUUGUGCUAGUCGGGGAAAGAUGGCGGAGGCUGCGGCUGUACCUCCGCAUCGGUUCUUCUGUCACUGUUGUAAAGGCGAAGUGAACCCUAAACUACCGGAAUAUAUUUGUCCAAGAUGUGAUUCUGGCUUCAUAGAAGAAGUUACAGAAGACUCCAGUCUUCUGCACAGCAGUGGAAAUGGACUAGAGGAUACAGCCACACAGUUUGCUGAACUCUGGCAUCUGUUGUUUGUGGAGAGGCCGUUUUCUCUGGACUUGGACAGUCCGGAUUCAGAGCGGGUUCCAGGCGGAGGGGGCGGGGGUCUCGGUUUGGGAGGCGGUCCCUUCGGCGGCUCUGUCCCCGGGGGUUUGGGCGGAUCCCUGGGGGGGUCGCUGGGAGGGGGAGAGAACUGGGGUCCAGGACGCCCCCAGCGUUUGCACACACAGAGGAGAUACCGGUCCAGAGGCAGCAGCAGACCCGACCGCUCUCCAGCCGUGGAGGGAAUAGUUCAGCAGUUUUUGGCAGGCCUGUUUGCCAACUCGGGAGUUCCAGGUUCUCCUCCGUUGUCAUGGACGGGCAUGUUGCACUCAAAUCCUGGGGAUUACGCCUGGGGACAGGGAGGACUGGAUGCCGUUAUUACACAGUUACUGGGUCAGUUUGAGAACACAGGGCCUCCUCCCGCAGACAAAGAAAAAAUAUCCUCCCUCCCCACGGUUGUCAUCUCUCAGGAACAGGCUGACUGCAGUAUGGAGUGCUCUGUUUGUAAAGAAGAUUACUCGGUGGGAGAGCCCGUCAGGCAGCUGCCCUGUAACCACUUCUUCCACAGCAACUGCAUCGUGCCCUGGCUGGAACUGCAUGAUACCUGUCCAGUCUGCAGGAAGAGUUUGAAUGGGGAGGACAGCUCCAGUCAGUCUCCUGCUGAUCACUCGUCUCAAAACAGCGAAUCACGUACACAGGAGAGAUGGUCCUUCUAAAAACACUCUCUCUCACAAACACACACACUCUUCAGGACCAUCUCACCCCUCUGUGUCAUCAUCUCAUCACUGAUGUUUCUGUUUAUCAUGUACAUACCUAAACAUGCACAUGCACAUGCACGCAUACA